UUGUGAGGCUGACUGCUGAUAGCUACGCUCAGUCACAGGACGACAGGAAAAGGGCUAUAAAGGGACGCCUGCUCAGUCUCCCUUAAAGCAACAUGCCCAGUUAACUGACUUCCGUCUGGGCAGACUUGGACUGCUGCAACAGAGUCCCCAGCCGCCAGCUGACAUGUGAGUACCGGACACUCUUCUCUUUGAGGGAUACUUUGAGAGCCCAACUUUAAGCGACUCUGACCCCUGCUGGACGCAGAGAUGGCUGGCAAUUUUACUACGGCACUGGCCGCUUCUCGGGGCAACAGCUGUGACCUGUAUGCCCACCACGGCACAGCCAGGGUACUGAUGCCUCUGCACUACUGCCUGGUCUUCGUCGUCGGUCUGCUGGGAAACCUGCUGGCCUUGGUCGUCAUUGUUCAAAACAGAAAGAAAAUCAACUCAACCACUCUCUACUCAAUGAACUUGGUGAUCUCUGACAUCCUGUUUACCACCGCUUUACCCACACGGAUAGCCUAUUAUGCGCUAGGCUUUGACUGGAGGGUCGGUGAUGCCCUGUGCAGGGUAACUGCCCUGCUGUUCUACAUCAACACGUACGCAGGCGUGAACUUCAUGACCUGCCUGAGCAUAGACCGCUUCUUUGCCGUGGUGCACCCUCUGCGCUACAACAAGAUUAAAAGGGUCGAAUACGCAAAGGGUGUCUGCCUGUCUGUCUGGAUUCUAGUGUUCGCGCAAACCCUGCCUCUGCUCAUCACACCCAUGUCAAAGCAGGAGGCUGGCAGGACCACUUGCAUGGAGUACCCAAACUUCGAAGAGACGCCUUCCCUCCCCUGGAUUCUGCUCGGAGGGUGCCUGCUGGGCUACGUGCUGCCUCUCAUAGUCAUCCUCAUCUGCUACUCUCAAAUCUGCUGCAAGCUCUUUAAGACGGCCAGGCAAAACCCGCUGGCUGAGAAAUCUGGGGCAAACAGGAAAGCUCUCAACACAAUCGUCUUCAUCAUCGUCGUGUUCAUUCUCUGUUUCACACCUUACCACAUAUCAAUCAUCCAGCACAUGAUUAAGAAGCUCUGUUCCCCCGGUGCCCUGGCGUGCGCCCCGAGGUACUCCUUCCAGAUCUCUCUGCACUUCACGGUGUGCCUCAUGAACUUUAACUGCUGCAUGGACCCUUUCAUAUACUUCUUUACAUGUAAAGGGUACAAGAGGAAGGUCAUGAAGAUGCUGAAACGUCAGGUCAGCGUGUCCGUCUCCAGUGCGGUGAGGUCGGCCCCUGAAGAAAACUCACGAGAAAUGACGGAGUCGCAGAUGAUGAUCCACUCCAAGGCUUCCAAUGGAAGGUAAGGGGUAACGGUACGCUGGACUCCACAGCACGGCGACCCGCGUGGGGGCUCUGCAGGCCGGCUGUUCGGUUCCCAACGAGGAUUCCUCUCAGCUGCCCCCUCUCGGCACGGCAGCCUGCUGCCACCCCCCCACCAACCGGCGCAUGGAGGUCCAGACCAGCUCGAGAGAACGGCAAAAGCAAGUUCUACUUCGUAAACGAAAAUACUGUGUAUAUAAAGGAAGGCUAUCAUAGUAAGUCUCGAUUGUAAAAAACCGUUGUUCUGUGUUCCUAAGAACACAGACAUUACCAUUUCUGCCAAUAGUUUGGCAAAAGACGAAAGGCUGAUUCCACUAUACAUUACCAGUGUAAAAAAAAAAAAAAACAAUGUUAAAACUGUAAUAUAGGGAACACAUUUCUUAAUUUAAACCUCUUUCAAACUUUAGAUCUCACCUCCCUAGUUUUUAUCUGUUUGUUUUGUUCUGAGGCAACUGUUUGAAGGGAUAUUUUGUGGGAUUAAAAAAAAGACGGGAUGUAGCGAAAGUGUCAGUAGGCUACUGCCCACUGCCAGAAGUGGCGGGUGCAACUGACAACAGGUGGGUCUGAGGAGCAGCAAGCAUGGUGAUGGCCGAAUGACUGGAAACAUCAAGUUCUUCCCCCAACAGCCAGGACAGACUUGCGGCCCACUGCUCAGAAAGAAGCGUGUCUGCACGCUAAUCUCCUUUUAGGAUGGAAAAAAUGCACACACGCUUUGUUUUCCUUGGGUCUCUAGGGGUUGUUUUUAUUUUUUUAUUUUUGGAAACUGGUAGUAUAUGACAUCUAUAUACUUGUAGAUUAGGUUAUAAAAAGUGGGGGCAGUGAUGAUUAUUACAUCUAUAAUUGCCAUACUUGCCUAAAUAUGUCAGGAAGUAAAAGGCAUAUUUUAUAAAUUAAGAGGGUUUUUUUGUUUUGUUUUGUUUCUUGGCUCUAGAGACAGGGUUUCUGGCUGUCCUGGAACUCACUUUGUAGACCAGGCUGGACUUGAACUCAGAGAUCUGCCUGUCUUUACCUCCCCAAGUAUGGGAUUAAAGGCGUGUGCCACCACUGCCUGGCUAGUUUUUUUUUUCCUUUUUAAUUUAUUACGUGUAAAGAUGUUUUGCCUGCAUGUAAAUCACUGUACCAUGUGUGAGCAGUGCCUGCAGGGGCCAGAAGAAGGUGUCAGAUCCCCUGGGACUGGGGUUGUAGACGGUUGUGAGUCACCAUGGAAGUGUUGUAAAUUGAACGUGGUCCCUCUGGAAGGGCAGUCUCUGCUCUUAACCACUGAGCCAUCUCUACAAAACCCUUUUCCUUUUUUGAGACUGUGUCAAACCGGGUGUUGGUGGCCCAUGCCUUUAAUCCCAGCAUUCAGGAGGCAGAGGCAGGUGGAUCUCUGUGAGUUCGAGGCUAGCAUGGCCUACAGAGCGAGUUCCAGGACAUCCUUCAAAACAGUGCAGAGAAACCACUGUGUCAGUCUAGCUGGCCUGGGAUUCUCUAUGUAGCCAGGCUAGUCUUGGACUGGUGUCUGACCCUCCUGUCUCUGCCUCCCUAGUGCUGGGACCAUGGUGUCACAAUAUCUAUCCCACUGGGAUUCUUUGUAACAUUAUACACCUGCUCACAGGGCUUCCUUAAAGUAGGCAGCACAGCCUUCCUAUAUACUGUCUGUCUGAUCAAACUCGGUUUCCUCUAACCCUGAAAUUCCCCCAGCACAGUAUCUCAGCUGAUAAUGAUACCAAUUUAGAUAACAGGAAAGAAAUAAAACACUAUACAGUGAGUCACAAUUUCAAUUUUUAUUGUGGUGUAUGCCCUGGAAAUACUUUAUUUUAAUAAAAUUAACUUGUUUUGUC